CGGCCGGUUGCUGUUGCGCGCCGAAUGCUGCGGCCCGAGCUUUACGACUGAAAAGCUUUUAGCCUUUUAUUCCUAAUUCAUGAAGUGCGAUAAAAUUAUAAAUUAAAACGGUGUCUAAACUAAAUCAGCUGACAUUAUCAGUUUACAUUUGUGCGCGGUUGCUUUCGACUCUUCAUAGGGAUCAAUGAAGUGAACUCCCGUGUGUAAACAAGAACAAGAGUGGAUAUUUAUAGAGUGCUUGAGUGUAAGCUGGAGUUGUAACGUUUCUAGAUAUGUGUAUUAAUUAGUGCAAUGAAGUACAUCGUAGCGGUCCUGGCGGUAGCGACGGGGGUUGCCGCGGUCCUACCGGACAAACAACCGCGCCCGGGUAUACCAGGCGAGGAGUUAACUUUCCCCUCGCUCGGCACCGAGGACGGCCUCAUCUCCUGCGGGCCGGGCCAGUUCCUCUGCCGCGACGGCUCCCGCUGCGUGCCCGCUGCGUGGCGCUGCGACGCACGCGACCACUGCCCCGACGGCUCCGACGAGAUACACUGCGAGCACCUAAGCCACUCCGAUGCCACAAACGCCACAGACACAUCGCCCUGCAGCCAGGGUCAGUUCCGCUGCGCCACCGGGCGCUGCAUACCGGCCGCGUGGCGAUGCGACGGCGACACGGACUGUGGCCAGCGGGACGACUCCGACGAGGACCCCUUCACGUGUACGUACAUGUACAGCCAACUAAGACAGGGCGCUGCAUACCGGCCGCGUGGCGAUGCGACGGCGACACGGACUGUGGCCAGCGGGACGACUCCGACGAGGACCCCUUCACGUCCAACUAAGACAGGGCGCUGCAUACCGGCCGCGUGGCGAUGCGACGGCGACACGGACUGUGGCCAGCGGGACGACUCCGACGAGGACCCCUUCACGUGUACGUACAUGUACAGCCAACUAAGACAGGGCGCUGCAUACCGGCCGCGUGGCGAUGCGACGGCGACACGGACUGUGGCCAGCGGGACGACUCCGACGAGGACCCCUUCACGUCCAACUAAGACAGGGCGCUGCAUACCGGCCGCGUGGCGAUGCGACGGCGACACGGACUGUGGCCAGCGGGACGACUCCGACGAGGACCCCUUCACGUGUCAAAAGGAGUUCAAAUGUCCAAACAACACAGCGCGGUGCGCGACACCCCUAGGCGGGAUCUUCGAGUGCGUCCCUAUACGGUCGUUCUGCGACUCAAUACGCGACUGUCGCGACGGUUCCGACGAGUGGGACAUCUGUGACAACUUUACGAAAACGCAAUGCGGUCCGCUAAAAUGCGCAGAGGGGUGUAGACCCACGCACGAAGGUCUGGCCUGCUAUUGUCAGGAGGGAUAUCAGCACGUCAAUGGGAAAUGUGAAGAUUUAGACGAGUGUCAAGAAGAAGCAACAUGUCCACAAUGGUGCCGCAACACACCCGGCUCUUAUACCUGCCUGUGCGCACCCGGGUACAAACUGUCUGGCGGCUCUUGUAUUGCUGUUAACGACCCACCGGACGAGCCAGCGUCUCUGCUGGUGAUCACUCAGAAGGGUAUCUCUCGGGUGUGGCCCGACGGGCACGCUCCGCCAAAAAAGGACAACCUCACGCUGACGGCGCUGCAAGUUAAGGCUAUGGAUUUCGAUUAUUCUAACAGGUCUUUCUGCUACGUCCACCACAACCUCAGCCGCUCUGGCAUCAUGUGCGUGUCCGUCGAUGACUUCUCAAAGAAAUGGCAACGCGAGCCGCCGACGCUGUUCCCAUUUGUUGACUCGGUGAACUUCAUGGCGCUGGACUGGGUGUCGGGCGCUUGGUACCUGGUGGACGGCGCGGCGGGCGCCAUGUUUGUUUGCUCGCGCGAGCUGGCGCACUGCCGCCUGCUGCAGGACUCGUUGGCCAAACUCAGGGGACUAGCUAUUGACCCUACACCGCCCCAGCAGAACGAUAACCAACCUCAUGGCUUCAUAUUCUGGUCCGUGUGGGGCGGCUCGCCUGCUCGCGUGGUCCGGACGGAGCUCUGGGGCGGAGCACCCGCGGACCUGGCGUCAUCUCGCCUGGUGUACCCCACGGCGCUCACACUGGACUUGACUAAUAAGUGGCUCUACUGGGUCGACGCUUAUAUGGACAGCGUGGAGAGAAGCGACUAUUAUGGAGGGAAUAGAGUCACUGUGUUCAGAGCUUACGAGUCUGAACGAGUAUCCCUUAUUUCAAACUUCGAAGCUUCUCUCUACUUACCACAAUGGAACAACCAGAGCGUGCUGAUGACGUCACGCUAUGCACGCACACACGCACGCACGCCCACGCACACACAGAAGAUCAUACCUGUGUCCGCACGGGUCACGGCUGCGUUGGUGUUCCAUAGACUAAGGCAGCCAGUCGUAUCACACCCGUGCGCAGUCCACAACGGCGGUUGCACGCACAUAUGCGUGACCGCAUGGCGGGGAACGACACCUCAUGCGCACUGCCUGUGUCGUCACGGGUACAAGGCGGUCCACACUCAUCCGCACCAGCCGCCCGUCUGUCACAGAGUGGAGGUAGACGAGUACCUGCUAGUAGCACGGGGCUCGCCGCCCCUGGUGCAGGCCGUGGUGCCGCAGCACCCGCAGUGGGAGGCCGCCGCGCCCGCCGCCGCCGCGCGCCCCACGGCGGCCGACGUGCACCUGGCCGCAGAGUACAUGUACUUCUCCGAUGUGCACAGAUAUGAGAUAGUACGGCAGAAGUUAGAUGGCACCGGUCGAGAAGUUUUCAUAGAAGAAGACGUUGACAACUGCGAGGGGCUCGCCAUCGAUUGGAUGGGUAAAAAUCUAUACUGGACGGACGACGCACUGGGCCAAAUAUCUGUGGCGCGACUGUCAGCGCCGAAGCAACGUAAGGUGCUCAUCAGGGAGCCACACUACCACCCCAGGAGCAUUGUCUUAGAUCCACGAAAAGGCGUAAUGUAUUGGUCAGUAUGGGCCAGCUCGUCCACCCCGAAAGGCAGCAUAGAGACAGCCGCCAUGGACGGAUCCGGGCGGCGCGUACUAGUCUCAGAAGAACUGCACUGGCCCAAUGGACUGGUUGUACAGUCGGACGAGCAAAUGCUUUAUUGGUGCGACACGUUCCUGAACAAGAUCGAAAGCCUGGAUCUGUCCACUAACAAGCGCACCACAAUCAUCUCGGCCCCAAGCGUCGACUUGCAGAAGCCGUAUGGACUGGCUUUAAUCGACGGCGAUAUAAUAUGGAGUGAGCACGGCACCGGUAACAUCCGGCGCUUGGGCGCCGACGGGCAGCCGAGCCCCAGCGCCAAUGGCACCAUCCUGCGGCGCCUGCCGCCGCCGUUGUAUGACAUACGACGCAUCGCUGCUGCAGACAGAUUAGGUCGCAACACAUGCUCGGACAACAACGGCGGGUGCUCCGAGCUGUGUCUGGCCGCGCCCGCGCUCGCCGGCCGCACGUGCGCGUGCGCCGCGGGCCGCGCCCCGGCCCCGGCGCGCCCCGCACACUGCGCCCCGGCCUCCGCCUCCGCCUCCGCCUCCGCCUCCGCCCGUGUCUGCGCCGAGGGCAAGUUCCACUGCGGCCGCGGGCGCUGUAUCGACGAGCUGUACGUUUGCGACGGUGACGCUGACUGCCCCGACGGCUCUGAUGAAGACAGCUCUCCUACUGGACCAUGUGCAAACAGGACAUGUACCGAUAGUCAGAACUUCAAAUGCGACUCCAACCGUUGCAUUCCGAAAACUUGGAUAUGUGAUGGACAAAGAGAUUGCCUCGAUGGCUCAGACGAGUCCGACACGGCCUGCGCCGAGCACGUCUGCGGCCCCGACCAGUUCCUCUGCACCUCCUCGAAACGCUGCAUAGCGGCCGCCUGGCGCUGCGACGGAGCCCCCGACUGUGGCAACAACGACCGCUCGGAUGAGGCCGACUGUAAAGCUACAGAAAACGCAGAAUGUCACCCGCUAAUGUUCCGCUGUCCGAACGGCGGGUGCGUGCCCUGGGAGUACUACUGCGACGGGCGCGCCGACUGCGCAGACGGCGGCGACGAGCAGCGCUGCCGCGGCGUCACCCCUACGCGGGAUGAGGAAGUUACGAGCAAGAACAGUGUGUGCGAAGAACACGAGUUCCAAUGUGCGAAUAAAGAGUGUAUACGAAAGGAAUUCCGCUGCGAUUACCGUCCAGACUGUCUCGACAGCUCCGACGAAGCCAACUGCGAACAACACCGAGCCACCACCCGUGCCCCCACCACCCCUGUUCCAGACGAGUGCGUCGCACCUGCGUUGAAAUGUGACAAUGGUUCCCGCUGCGUACCGCUACUACAGCUGUGUGAUGGAAGUUAUGAUUGUGCUGAUGGGUCGGAUGAAGCCGAUCGCUGUGGCGAGCCCAUGUGCAUGGCAGCGGCAUGCACACACGAGUGUCACCCUACGCCCAGCGGAGCGGUGUGCGCGUGUCCAGCAACGCUACAUUUGCAGCGCGACGGGUUUAGUUGCUCCGAGCGUCACAUCUGCCACGACUGGGGCGUGUGCAGCCAGACAUGCCAGCCGCAGAAGAAUCGCCACAAAUGCACUUGCUACGAGGGUUACGAGCUGGCUGAUGACGGCUUCACGUGUAAAAGCACAGAAAAAGCCACGCCUCUCCUGGUGUUCAGCAACCGCCACGAAGUCCGCGCAGUGGAACUGCCUUCCUUAACCUCUCGAGCGCUCAUCUCUUCUCUCAAGAACACAGUGGCUCUUGACUGGAAGCGGACGGGAGACCAGGUCACACUAUACUGGACGGACGUGGUCGAUGACCAUAUAUACUCAGGCACUGUGCAGGGGAUAGCUUUGAGCGACAUUAAGGUGGUGAUUGAGCAGGGCGUGUCGACAGCGGAAGGGUUAGCCGUCGACUGGGUGGCGAACAAUCUCUACUGGGUCGAAGGCACGCUGCGGCAGAUUGAGGUGGCGCGCUUGGACGGCCGGUAUCGCCGCACUCUCGUGUCCGGUGAUAUGGAGAGCCCGCGAGCCAUCGCACUCGAUCCGAAACAUGGUUACCUGUUCUGGAGCGACUGGGAACAAUCGGCGCCACGUAUAGAGCGAUGCAGCAUGGCCGGUAGAAACCGCACCACUGUGGUGCACGUCGACGAGAUAGCGGACGGCGCGUGGCCCAACGGCAUCACGCUGGACCACGUGGCCACCAGGCUCUACUGGAUCGACGCCAAAUCGGACUCGAUCCACACAACCCUGUACGACGGAACCGGCUACCAGCUCGUCCUGCGCGGGCACGCGAUGCUUUCCCACCCGUUUGCGGUCACGCUGUUCGAGUCACACGUGUUUUGGACUGAUUGGAGAAGCAACAGUGUAAUGCGCGCUAACAAGUGGAAUGGCAGCGACGUGCAAGUUGUGCAGAGGACUAUGAUGCAGCCUUUUGAUAUCAAGGUGAUCCACCCGAGCCGCCAACCAGCCCUACCUUCCAACCCCUGCGCCAUAGGCAACGGCAACUGCACACACUUAUGUCUGAUCGACGGACCGAACGUGCGCGUGUGUGCGUGCCCGCACGUCAUGCGAUUGGCUAAAGAUAAUGUUACUUGUGAAGGUAAGCUUACACACCCUAACAUGAACCUUAUACACUUGCAAAAUGACAACUGCACACACCUAUGUCUCAUCGACGGACCGAACGUGCGCGUGUGUGCGUGCCCGCACGUCAUGCGAUUGGCUAAAGAUAAUGUUACUUGUGAAGUGCACGAGAAAGUGGUAGUGGUCGGCAGAGCGGGUUCCAUUCGCGGCUUAGACCUAGACGCGCCUUCCCAACCCGUCAUUCCGGCCGUGUGGGGCGCGCAACUCGCCGCACCACGCGCCUUAGCAACGUUAACUUCACAACGCCUGCUGUACUGGAGCGAUGCUGAGACGAACGAGAUAAAACGCACCCGCCUCACGGGCGGCACAGCUGAAACCGUAGUGGAGGCGGCCGGCGUUGGAGGUGCCCUGGCUUUAGACUGGGCCGCUAAAGUGCUGUAUUACGUAGUGCAAGGCCAACUGUGGGCCGCUGGACCGCUAGGAGAGAGGGCUUCUCCGCUCUGUGCUGUUGCUAAUGUCACCGCUAUUGCCGUGGAUGUACAAAGGGGCAAACUGUACUGGGCUGUGUCGAGCACAGGCGACGGCAUCGGUGCAAAGAUGGAAGCCGCAGCUAGCGACUGUAGCGAACGACGAGUCAUCAUUGACGCUACACGCGACCCUUUACUGGCUGGAGUCCAUAGUUUAACGGUGGAACCGAAGACCGGAUGGCUGUACUGGGUCAAUCUCGCGUCUGCGUCUAUUCAGUACGUAGAUGUCAAAACAGGAGAAUUCUUUACCGUGGAACUCGCAACGGGUGCGCGUCCUCUGGCCCUGGACAUCCAUUUCGAUCGGCUGUUGUGGGCUGACGGGGACAGUUUGAAAGCCUGCAAACUGCCCCGCGACCGAAGCCAGGCCACGCAGAAUUGCGUGGAUUCAGAGGUGCUUAGAGCUAACACUGAGAACGUGCUGUCUCUCCGCGUGUACGACGCCGCAACCCAGAACACCACUCGGGGCGCAUGCGCGCUGCUCGCGCCCGCGGCGGCGUGCGCGCAUCUGUGCCUGCCCGUGUCGGCCGCGCGCAGCCGCUGCGUGUGCGCGGCCGGCUAUACCGCUAACGGGACACAGUGCAUUCCGGAAGACGAAAUCUUGGUGUACUCGUUGAGCUGGGAGAUACGCGCGCUAUCGAUGACGGCGCCGUCGCGGACCGUGCUGCCGCCCAUCGCGCAGCCGGCGCUCUGCACCGCGCUCGAUUAUCGUGCAGACGGUGACUGGAUAUACUGGGCGGACUCGGAAAGCGGCACAGUGGCGCGCGCUCGACGCGAUGGUACCGGACGAGCGGCGUUGGUCUCUCAACCCGAGCCGCUCGACGCGCAGCCUGUGGACUGGCUUUCUGGUCUCGCUGUAGAUUGGGUCGCUGGGAACAUCUACUGGUCGGAUCCCCGCCGCAACCUUGUUGAAGUGGCGCGGGCGAAUGGCGAUCACCGCUACGUUCUUAUUGAUACCGACCCGCUCGCUGUUACAACUUUAGCAGUGGAUGCUGUUCGCGGAUGGCUCUUCCUGUCCGGCGGAGGUUGGAUCCAACGUUCCAGGCUGGAUGGGUCGCAACGCGAGCUCCUCUAUAACGGCACUGCUGUUGCUGACAUUGCUUUGGACUCUGAGAACGAGAUGGUAUACUGGGCGGACACUUUCGACGUCUCCCUCUGGCGCAUGCGCUACGACGGCCGCUCCCGCGCCUGCGCCGCGCGCGGCGACCCGCUGCGGCACCCCGCCGCCGUGGCCGUGCACGCAGCCCGACUGUACUGGAUAGACACCAUGUGGAAACGGGGAUGCAUUCUAUCUGCGCCGCUCACUAACAUCAGCGACUACGAAGUUCUGCUGGAGAACGCCGGCGACAACCUCAAGGAUCUAUUCAUCUGGUCAAAAGCUUCUCAAACACUGCCGUCACCGUCAUCCGGAUUAGCUGUGAACCCCUGCAGCGCCAACAACGGAGGGUGCGCUGAGCUUUGUUUAUGGGACGGUGCCAGCGCGCAUUGCGCUUGCCCGCAUGGAGAUGUAGCUGCUGACGGCAAGAACUGUACUCCGUACCAAUCGUUUCUGAUGUUUUCGCGAGUGACAAAAAUUGACAGCAUCCAUUUACAAGAUGAAAAAGACCUAAACUCUCCAUAUCUGCCGAUUCAAAACAAGGACCUGAUCAGGAUAGCGAUUAGCCUAGCUUACUGGUACGACGAACAGCGGCUGUUCUACUCGGACAUUCAACGCGGGGCUAUCGGCUCCGUGCAUUUCAACGGCACGGACCACAAGACUCUUCUUACAAAAAUGGGGGCAGUAGAGGGUAUGGUGUUCGAGUCCCGCACAAAAACGUUGUACUGGACGUGCAACAGCGCGGCCGUGCGCCGCGUACACAUACCCUCACUCGACGCCCGCGCUGACAACCAAUCCUCGCAGGCUUUAGUGCGCACUGUUAUACAGUUAGCGCCUGGUGACAGACCGAGAGGGAUAGAUGUGGAUUCCUGCGAGUCACGUUUAUACUGGACGAACUGGAACGACACGAACCCUCGCAUCCAGCGCGCCUACAGCAGCGGACACGAACUCGAGACCAUCAUCUCGAAAGACAUCCUCAUGCCGAACGGCUUGGCUAUAGAACAUUCCACUAGGAUGUUGUAUUGGGCAGAUGCAAGACUGGAUAAGAUUGAACGAUCUCUAUUGGAUGGAUCGCAUAGACAUAUCGUAGUCCGCACCGGGGCGGAGCACCCGUUCGACGUGGCGGCCUGCGACGGCUACGUAUACUGGUCGGACUGGGUUGGUCGCGCUAUAUUACGAGCAGACGCAAGAGGUGGAAACACACGGGCGCUGCGUAAAGACUUACCGCGCCCUAUGGGCCUUGUGUGUGUCACACCUACACAUCAGACUUGCUCGCCGGACCCCUGCGCCACCCUGAACGGCGGGUGCGCGGAGCUGUGCACCGUGUCCGCGGAAGGCGUCGUCUGCGCCUGCCGCCCCGGCCGGGAAUUGAACCCGGACCGUAGCUCGUGCCGUCCCACCGCCACGCAUUGCGAAGACGGACAGUUUGCGUGUGCUGAAGGCUUGUGUAUUCCUGAGGAGCUGGUGUGUGAUGGCAUCAAUAACUGUGGAUCGAGAGACGCUAGCGAUGAGGACCUUUACUACUGCACAUCCCGCGUAUGUCCGGCGGAUAUGACGCCGUGCGGCGCCGGCGGGCGUUGCGUGCGUACUUCAUCCUUAUGCGACGGCUUCGACGAUUGUGAUGAUGGUUCCGACGAGCGCUCCUGCGAGUGCCCCGCCCAGCAGUAUAGAUGCUCGGACGGCAUGUGCGUCCCCGUGUCGUCCCGCUGCGACGGGCUGGUGGACUGCUUGGACGGGUCGGACGAGGCGGGCUGCCCGCGCGGCUCGUGCGCGGCGCUGGGCGCGGGCGCGGCGCCGUGCGGCGGCGGCGGCUGCUUCCUGCCCGAGUGGCGCUGCGACGGCGCCAGGGACUGCCCCGACGGCACCGACGAGCAGGGCUGCCUAAACUCCGGAAUGAACUGUCGCCAGCGGUACUUCCGGAACUAUACGACCUUCAAACAUUCAAAAAAAGAGCAAGUGGACAGCACGACUCGCGGCUCCAUGCACUCUUUAGCCCCAUGCGAUGUGGACCAGUUCACCUGCGGCAGCCCUGAACGUGGCGACAUCGAGUGUAUACCUCUUACGUGGCGGUGCGACGGCGUCGUCGACUGCUCUGACGGCUCCGACGAGACACUCCACUGCGGGCACAAGAACACAACUAAAUGCGCAGUGGACCAGUUCUCGUGCGGCGCGCUAUGUUUACCGCUGAGCGCGCGCUGCGACGGGUCCGCGGACUGCCCGCGCGGGGAGGACGAGGCCGACUGCUCCUGCGCACCUACUGCCUUCCGCUGCGCCAGCGACAAGAUCUGUCUGCACGAGGGCCUGUACUGCGACGGCGACGUGGACUGCUCGGACGGGUCGGACGAGCCCCCCGGCUGCAGCCGCGCCCCCUCCCCCUCCCCCGCGCCGCCCUCCUCCCCGCCCUGCGCGGAGCCGGGCGCGCUGCCGUGCGCGGGGCGCUGCCUGCCGGCCGAGCUCGUGUGCGACGGCCGAGACCACUGCGUGGACGGCGGAGGGGGCGGCGCGGGGAGCGACGAGGACCCCUUCAUGUGCUCAUCGUACUCCCGCGCAACAGCCUCGGACGCAGCGUUAGGGGUCGCUUCGACCUCCCGCUCCGCCUGCGCGGUCGGCGAGUGGCAGUGCGCGAACCGCGCAUGCGUGCCUCGCGCCGCGCUCUGCGACGGACAGGACCACUGCGGGGACUUCAGCGAUGAGAGGAGAUGCAACAUAAACGAGUGCUCGAUCCGCAACGGCGGCUGCUCGCAGAACUGCACCGACCUGCCCGUCGGCUACGCGUGCUGGUGCCGCGCCGGCUACCGCCGCGCCGGGCCGCAGUGCCGCGACGUGGACGAGUGUGCGGAGCUGGCGUGCGACCACGGCUGCAGGUACAUCAGAACUGCACCGACCUGCCCGUCGGCUACGCGUGCUGGUGCCGCGCCGGCUACCGCCGCGCCGGGCCGCAGUGCCGCGACGUGGACGAGUGUGCGGAGCUGGCGUGCGACCACGGCUGCAGGUACAUGUAGACAGCAGAACUGCACCGACCUGCCCGUCGGCUACGCGUGCUGGUGCCGCGCCGGCUACCGCCGCGCCGGGCCGCAGUGCCGCGACGUGGACGAGUGUGCGGAGCUGGCGUGCGACCACGGCUGCAGGAACACGAUCGGUAGCUUCCAUUGCAAAUGCGAGAAGGGCUACAGGCUCAUGGAAGAUGGCCUCAGCUGUGCUCCGAUCUCAAACGAGCCAGCAUCCCUUAUUUUCACGAACCGCUACUACAUCCGUCGAGUCACCCUCGACCCCUCACACACCAGCUCUCUCCUCAUCCAUGAUCUCACCAACGCCGUAGCGCUUGAUAUGGAGUGGGAGAAACGGUGUCUCUACUGGAGCGACGUUGCCAGACUUGGCAGCUCGAUUAAGAGGGCUUGCAGCGAGCCGGGACAGAACUCCUCACGAUACCAGCUCCUCCAUGGCGCAACUCUCCAAAACCCCGACGGUUUAGCCGUAGACUGGGUAGCAGGCAACAUCUACUGGUGCGAUAAAGGCACAGACACACUAGAAGUGUCGCGUACGGACGGCGCACACAGACGGGUGCUGCUGAGGACUGGGCUGCAGGAACCGAGAGCGUUGGCACUGCAUCCUGCUAGGGGCACCAUCUAUUGGUCCGAUUGGGGCACCAACGCGCACAUCGGCCGCGCCGGCAUGGACGGCUCCACACCUUCUAUCAUCAUCAGCGCCGGACUCGGCUGGCCCAAUGCCCUGGUCAUAGCCCAUGCUUCGAAUGAACUGUAUUUCGCUGAUGCGAGAGAGGACUAUAUCGCUGUCGCGGAUUUGGAUGGGAAGCAUGUCAAAGUGCUGUUCUCUAGAGAUCGUAUGCCCUGGCUCCGUUUACAUCACGUGUUCGCGUUGACCGUAUGGGAAGGUCGCAUAUACUGGAGCGACUGGGAGACUCGGGCCAUAGAGAGCUGCCGCCGGCGACCCAACCCACACUACAAGCCGAACGCAACAGAAGAUGUUAGUUCGGGCGGGGCCUAUGAGUGCAAGACGAUCGCGCAUACCGUCCACAAGCCUAUGGACUUGCGAGUUCACCACCCGGCAAGACAACCAGCUUCUCCAGAACUGACGGCGCUCUGCGCAAAACUAAACUGCACCGGUCUCUGCCUCCUCACACCGGCCACAAAGGACAAGCCGGUCGGCGCUCGCUGCGAGUGCCCCGAACACUUCGUGCUGCAACCAGACGGGCGUAGCUGUUCGCCGAACUGUACGAGCGCGCACUUCGUCUGCAACACGACGCUUAAGUGCGUCCCGUUCUGGUGGCGCUGUGACACGCAGGACGACUGCGGCGACGGAUCGGAUGAGCCGGAAUCCUGCCCAUCGUUCCGGUGUUCCCCGGGACAGUUCCAGUGUGGUAAUGGAGGUCGAUGUCUCCAUCCUGCUCUAAUAUGCGACGCUACGCCGCACUGCGCCGACGGGAGCGAUGAGAAAGACUGCGACACGUUCACCUGCCUGUCAUCGCAGUUCAAAUGCCAAGGCAACGUGACGGCGGGCAUGUCGGCCCGCUGCGUGUCGGGCGCGGCGCGGUGCGACGGGCAGCGCGACUGCCCCGCCGGCGACGACGAGCUCAACUGUCCGCCGCGCUCGUGCAAGCCCGACCAUUUCAUGUGCGGCGACGGGUCGUGCGUGCCCGGCGUGUGGGUGUGCGACGCGGACGCGGACUGCGCGGACGGCUCCGACGAGGGCCCGCACUGCGCCGCGCGCAUGUGUCCCCCGAGGCACUUCCGCUGCGCCUCCGGCCGCUGUAUCCCGCGCGACUGGCAGUGCGACGCCGAGGCGGACUGUCCCCUCCGCGAGGACGAGGCCGACUGCGGCACCGGCGCGCGGCCCGGCUGCGAGGCCACGUACUUCCGGUGCGCGGACGGGCGCUGCAUCCCGGGCCGCUGGCGCUGCGACUUCGAGGACGACUGCGGGGACUUCAGCGACGAGCUGCACUGCGAGCCCAGGAACUGCUCCGAGACCGAAUUCAGAUGCACCAACGGCGAGUGUAUACGUGGCGCCUUACGUUGCUCCGGGGCGGCGGAAUGUGCAGAUGGUUCCGACGAGACAGGUUGCGCACCUUUAUGUGCCGCUAGAGCCCGGCCGUGUGGCAGACACAAGGAUUGUGUGCUACGCGAAUGGUGGUGCGACGGGUCCGUGGACUGCACGGACGGGUCAGACGAGGAGUCGUGCGCGGCGCCGCCCGCGCCCUCGUGCGGCGCGCGACUCGCCUGCGCCGGCGCACAGUGCGCGCCCGCCGCCUGGCGCUGCGACGGCAGGCGGGACUGCGUGGCCGGGGGAGACGAGGAGGGGUGCGAGCGACACGCGUGUCCACCGCCCAUGUUCAGAUGCGGCAACGAUUCGUGCCUGCCGUCUGCCCUGCUCUGCGACGGUUACGUCGACUGCCCGGACGGUUCUGACGAGAACUCCAUGAUGUGCAGCAGACGUUCCUCGGAGUCAGUGUGCGACUCGGACGAGCGCAUGUGUGGCGACGGCCGCUGCGUACCCGCAAGCGCAGACUGCGACACCGGCGAAGAGGGCCCGUGUACUUGGCGGUCGUGCUCGCAGGUGUGCAUACCGAAGCACGCACACAACCACACUUGCAAAUGCUUGGAAGGCUACAAACAUAGACAAUUGCCGGAUAACACUUGGACUUGUGAAGCGAUAGGUGAGAAGGCACAAGCAAUAGUAGCCGUGAACGGGUCACUCCGCGCUUGGGAGCUCACGAAGAGAGAAAAGGACUCACGGGUGCUGUAUAUCGCGGGUGAUGAAACUGUCGAAAUAACAUCAAUCACAACUGCCCUUGUUGGCAACUCCUGGCUCGUAUGGUGGUCGGACACUUCGGGAAAACUGUCAACUAUAGACGCCACACACGCGUUACAAGCGGACACUACCAGCGUCGUCCGCCCGCCAGUCAGGGUCAUAGUUCAAGACACGGCUAUAAUACGGGGUGUGACCUUCGACUGGGUGUCAGGGCGUUUGUACUACACGGCCGUUACUAAAGGUGGAGAUGGCGAAGGAUAUUCGCGUGGCGGUUUCGGUGCGGUGUACGUGUGCGCUCCGGACGGUCGGCGGCGCGUCACUCUCAUGCGGCGCAAGAACGCCGAGCCGGACGAUAUCCUCAUACAUAACGCCACAAGACAAAUAUUCUGGUCGGACCGCGGCGCCACUCCCGGCAUCAUGGCGGCCGGGCUCGACGGCGCCGACCCGCGCUGGCUCGUCAAGCGCCGCGUCCGGCGUGUGACAGCCCUAGCUCUGUCCACCGACAGACUGUACUUCGUGGACGCGUACUACGAUACGCUGGAGAGCGUGAAGUUUGAUGGCAGCGCUAGGGUCGUGCUCGCGACGUUCGCUAAGCGGCCCGCUGGCGCGCCCGCAAUACACCUACCUAGCGAUAUAGGUGAGUGAC